AUGCAGUUAGUUCCUACAGCUACGUGGCACCAUGUUUCAGGUAAGAGCAAUCCUGCUGACGUAGCCUCUAGAGGCGUUUGUCCCGCUCAGUUACUGGAGCAUUCGUUGUGGUUCCAAGGACCUCUUGAGAUUCAUCAGCUAUCCACAGAGUAUCCUGUUUUUACUUCAAAUAAAAAUUAUGAAGUUCCUAGCGAAGCUUCUGAUGCUGUCUCUCAUCAUCAAAGUGCUAAACCUGAAACUUGGGAUCUUUAUUAUCGAUAUUCAACUCUAGAAAAGCUUUUAACAAUUACUGCCUAUUGCCUUAGAUUUAUUUAUAAGCUGUAUGUUUGCAUCUUUAAUAAGUCUCAAUUAGAUUUUUUCAAUUUAAGCGUCAUAAUAAAUAGUUUCAGUGCGUGCCCUACUGUUCCUGAACUUUAUAAUGCUAAACUCCUGAUGGUUCAUUUGCAUCAAUUGAUUCAUUUUACAGCUGAAUUUCAUUUGCUCAAUUCAGUCACUCAUUCUGUCGAUAAAGUUAAGCUCAAACUUCCGUCAAAUAGUUCGUUGAUCCCGUUAAAACCGUUAGUCAAAAAUCAACUUAUUAGAGUGGGGGGUCGUUUGAGUAAUUCGUUGCUGCCAUUUGAAACUAAGCAUCCUUUAGUGUUGGUGGCUCGCGAUCACUUUACUGAAUUGGUCAUAAACUAUGCUCAUAAGAUCACCUUGCAUGGCGGUCCUAAACUUACUUUCAGUACUAUUCAUCGGGAGUUUUGGAUCAUCAGGGGACGACAGAGGAUUCGUUCAGCUCUUGUAAAUUGUAUCACUUGUAGACGGUACUCUGGUCCUACCUUAACUCAACAAAUGACAGAUUUACCAAGUGCUCGAGUUCAACCUGUACCCGCAUUCUUAAAGACUGGAGUGGAUUAUGCUGGUCCAUUUUUAGUCAAGUUAUCUAGGUCUAGAGGUACAGGUACUACCAAAGGUUACGUAGCCGUUUUCACUUGUAUGUGUACCAGGGCUGUUCAUUUAGAAAUAGUAGAAGAUUGUAGUUCUGACGCCUUUAUUGCUGCCUUCCAGCGUUUCAUUUCUCGUCGAGGCCAUUGCUCCAAUCUGUAUAGUGAUCGUGGUACUAAUUUUGUGGGUGCUGAUAUUGAAUUGCGUAGAAGGUGGUACGAAUUUAAGGAGUCUAAAUCUUUUCAGUAUCAAAUAAGUUCCUUGAAAACUCAAUGGCAUUUUAACCCUCCCGCUGCUCUGAACUUUGGUGGAGUCUGGGAAUCAGUUGUAAAGUUGAUGAAGAAUCAUCUUCGGCGAGUAGUUGGUAAUCAGAUUUUAACGUUUGUCGAAUACUCCACAUUGCUUUGUAAAGUCGAAGUUUGUAUGAAUUCGCGACCUCUAUCUCCUUUAAGAGAUGAUCCUAGUGAUUUAGACGUUUUGACCCCUGCCCAUCUGCUUAAUCUAAAGCCAGUGACUCUGCUACCGGAGCUAGAUUAUACUGAUGUUAAAAUUUCAUGUUUGCAACGUUGGAAGUUAAUAACUUUCUCAGCAUUUUUGGCGUCGUUGGCAUCAGGGGUAUCUAACGAAUUUGCAAAGUAG